UUGAGCGGCUUCACUUCAAUAGAGCAGUAUCAUGUCUGGUAGAGGUAAAGGCGGUAAGGGACUCGGUAAAGGGGGCGCAAAGCGUCAUCGUAAGGUCCUUCGCGAUAACAUCCAGGGAAUCACUAAGCCGGCUAUUCGCCGUCUGGCUCGCCGUGGCGGUGUUAAGCGUAUUUCCGGCCUGAUUUAUGAAGAGACUCGCGGUGUGUUGAAAGUCUUCUUGGAGAACGUCAUCCGCGACGCCGUCACCUACACCGAGCACGCCAAAAGAAAGACUGUCACCGCCAUGGAUGUGGUGUACGCUCUGAAACGCCAGGGACGCACUCUGUACGGCUUCGGCGGAUAAACGUUCAACACCGAACCACAUCAACACAACGGCUCUUUUAAGAGCCACC